AUGUCCGCCUCACAAAUCAGCGAUUCAGGCCCUGUUUCGGCGGCUUUCUUUUGCCCGCAGGCCUGGGCUCCAGACGAAGAAUACUUGAACGGCGUUCGCUCUUUCCUAAACCGAAACCAAUAUGGCCAGUUACUUUUGCGCGAGAUCGCAGACCUCAAGAACAGCCGGAUCUGGUCUCUGUUUGCCACAGCAAGCACUGACGUGGCCUCGCUAAGCCCCGGGCCAGAGUACCUGGACAUGCUGCACAACUGGGCAGCUAAAGGAGUUUCCGGGCCUGUGGCGGCAGCCAGGUCUGGGGUGGUGGCUCUGCCGUUGCUGGUCAUUCUCCAGGUCAGCCAGUACUUGAGCUAUCUCGAACACCACAAGUUGUCGCACCGGACCUUCCUUGCCCAAGUCGGUGCGGGCGGCGGUCUCCAGGGGUUCUGUGGCGGUCUGGCGACUGCUAUCAUCAUCGCCUGUGCUGCAGACGAGACCCAAGUAGUUCAGUACACAGCCACCGCCAUGCGCGUCUUGGUCGGCGUCGGUGCGUACAGCGAGGCGGCAGACGACACUAAAGGCAGAGGAUCCACGACGCUUGCCCUGCGCUUAAAAUACGACGGCCAAGGCGAGGACAUCACCCAGUGCUUCCCGGGGACGUACGUUUCCGCCAUCACAGAGCCGCGGUCCAUCAGCGUCGUCGGGCCCGCCGGAACAUUGCACGAGCUAUCCGUGUAUGCCCAGGAGCAAGAGCAGCUGAAGGUCCAGAAGAUGGACAUACGAGGCAAGACUCACAAUCCUGAAAAUCAGGAGCUUGCGGAGGCGCUCUGCACGGUCUGCGAUGGGGAAUCAUACCUGCACCUUCCCGAUGCAUCCAAGCUACAUGUGCCUGUGCGUUCCAACCGAACAGGACGCAAGCUGACCGAAGGCUCCCUCACUAAGGAGCUUGCCACCACCAUCCUGGCAUACAGGUGCGAAUGGUACACCAUCUUGACGGAAACUGCACAAGAUAUGAAGGCGGCAGGCCAUGACGCGCCAAAAGUUGUCACCUUCGGACUGACGGACGCGGUCUCCGUUGCUCCCUUCGUCAAGGAGGGCCUCCGCCUCGCCAAGGUCGCCGCCCAUCCUCUCAUUUCCCGAGUAGCCGAGGGUCCUUUGGCAGAUGCGCUUGAAUUCCCGGAGACUGCCAUUGCAGUCAUCGGCGCCUCUUGCCGAUUGCCCGGCGCAAACAAUCUGGAUGAGCUGUGGGAACUGCUUGCGUCCGGCGCCGAUCAGCACCGUCCACUCGGCACUGAUAGAUUUGAUAUAUACAACAGCUUCCGGGGGUCACAGAGCAAGAACUUUGACGGAAACGAGUCCAGAUUCUUCGGUAAUUUUAUCGAUGAUAUCCGGCGCUUUGACAAUAGCUUCUUCGGAGUUAACCCACGUGAAGCGGCGAGUAUGGACCCCCAGCAACGCAUCCUACUCGAGGUCGCCUACGAAGCUCUGGACGAUGCUGGAUAUCUAGCAAGGCACCGCAGGGAGGAUGGUGACAAUGUAGGGUGCUUCAUCGGCGGCAGUCUUGUUGAAUACCUUGACAACACCAGCGCGCAUGCUCCAACCGCUUACGUGGCAAGUGGUACCAUUCGUGCGUUUCUCUGUGGCCGUCUCAGCUACUAUUUCGGAUGGUCUGGGCCCGCCGAGGUCAUCGACACCGCCUGUUCGUCCUCGCUCGUCGCUAUCAAUCGAGCUUGCAAAGCAAUCCAGGCCGAUGAGUGUCCCAUGGCGCUCUGUGGAGGGGUGAACAUCAUUACCGGCAUGAAUAACUAUUUCGAUUUGGGCAAGGCCGGGUUCCUCAGCCCGACAGGGCAAUGCAAGCCGUUCGACAUCUCAGCCGACGGCUACUGUCGAGCGGAGGGCGUUGGCCUUGUAGUUCUAAAGAAGCUAUCCCGUGCACUUGCGGAUGGCGAUGCGGUAAUGGGCGUCAUCCCUGGCAUAAGCACGAACCAAGGCGGCCUUUCGUCCUCCAUCACCAUCCCUCAUUCGGCGGCGCAGCAAGCGCUGUACAAAAAUGUACUACAGCAGGCCAGGAUACCUCCGGAGAACGUAAGCUACAUCGAGGCUCACGGAACGGGCACCCAGGCGGGCGAUCCGCUAGAGGUGGAGAGUCUCCGAUCGGUCUUCGGCAAGAAUGAGCUGCCAACAUCCUCGGAUAGAACCCUCUAUAUUGGGUCCAUCAAGGGAAAUCUGGGCCAUUGCGAAACAGCAGCGGGAGUGGCCGGCCUGCUCAAAGUUCUGACCAUGAUCAAGCACGCCCAACUUCCGUCCCAGGCCAGCCACGGAACCCUCAAUCCCAAGAUCGCACCUUUGGAACCGGACCGUCUCGCCAUCAACCGCUGCCUGCGUGACUGGGAUGUUCCAUUCCGUGCAGCUCUCGUCAACAGCUAUGGUGCCGCCGGGUCGAACUGCGCGUUGUUAUGCUGCGAGAUGCCCUCCAAAGACGGGAACCCUGAGAUCGACGUCAACGCGAGACUCCCGCUGCUUAUCAGUGCUGCUUCGGAGAAGAGCCUGCUGCGGAACGCGCAGGCAUUGAGCGCCCAUCUUCGGAAGCAUGGCUCCAAGACUAAUCUUGGCGACCUGGCCUACACGCUGAACGAGAGAAGAAAGCGCCACAAGUUCUUGGCGACGAUUGAGGCGGUGGAUGUUCAGGAUGUCGCGGGCCGGCUCGAGAACCUUCAAGCCGAUUCUAUCGUCAAGAAUACGUCUGAAUCUCCCAGGCCGGUGGUGCUUGUUUUCAGUGGCCAAUUCGAUACUAAGGUUAAGCUGGACAAGGCAUUCUACGAUAAAGUACCGGCCUUCCGGCAUCACCUGGACCUCUGCGACAGGGAACUCACCGCCCAGGGUUUCCCAUCCAUCAUCCCUAGCGUGUUCGACAGUGAACCCGCCGCAGACGCCACGUUGUUGCAGUGUGGCAUCUUCGCCAUGCAAUAUGCUUCUGCGCAGUGCUGGAUAGACGCCGGGCUGAAGCCCAAUGCAGUCAUCGGCCACAGCCUGGGGGAGCUCACCGCGCUGGCUGUGUGCGGCGUCCUUUCGCUCGCCCAUUCUAUCAAGCUGGUAGCGUCCAGGGCUCGGCUUAUCGACACCCAUUGGGGACCGGACAAGGGGUCCAUGCUGGCCUUGAGCAACUGUUCUGCGUCGGAUUCUGAGGCGCUGCGCUCACAGCUCCAGCAGAAGUCGGGGGCCGUCUUCAACAUCGCUUGCUACAAUGCUGCCGACACAAUCGUGGCGUGUGGUGCAUCGGCCGACAUGGCUCAACUGGAAAGUCUUGUGUCCAGCGAGCCAAGGUUUCAAAAGAUCCGCAGCCGACCUCUUUCUACGAGCCAUGGCUUCCACUCACGCUUGACAGACCCGUUGCUAGCUGACCUGGCAGCUAUAUCUGAAUCGCUGGAAUGGAAGGAGCCCAAGUUCCCGCUCGAGAUGUGCUCGAACCGCCCCAUCGAAUCUUUCAAGCACUACGAUCCCUCCAGACACCUGCGUGAGCCUGUCUUCUUUGUUGAUGCUGUACAGAGACUCGAGCAGCGCUUCUCAUCUAUGCUGUGGCUGGAGGCAGGAAUAUCGACACCCGCUGUGGCCAUGGCGAGGGCCGCAUCGGGGCAAGCGAACGUGCAUAGUUUCUUGAGCCUCAAAGCGUCAGGGACAUUGAACGCGUUAGACUCGCUCGCCGGCGUGGUGUCUACCCUUUGGAGGAACGGGCAUUUUCUUCGCCACUGGCGGCUUGUCUCGCCCGAGCGGAAGACGCCCGACUUCAAGCCGAUUUGGUUGCCCCCGUAUCAGUUCGAGCGCACGCAGCAUUGGGUGCCAAACAUCGACCGGGUCCUGGAAAUGCGGCAGACAGUUGCCAAAGAGGCAGCAGAAUCGAUGGCUCUCGUCAAGGCCCCCUACACGCCCCCUUCUGCGCCACCGACCUUGGUCAGCAGCACACCCAGGUUGUCCAUGAAACACAGUGGGCAGGUCGAGUUCACCAUCAAUGUCCACAGCCAACGCUACAGCCGUAUUGUCCGAGGCCACUCUCUACGGUCGCGGGCGCUAUGCCCCGCGUCCAUGUACAUGGAGUCGGUUAUCAUGGCCCUCCAGCACCUGGCUGCAGAGGGCAACUCCACGUACGUGGCUCCCGAUGGGGCCAAUCUGGUCUGGGAAGAGGUGAACUUCCAGUCCCCACUGGGGACGGAGCCGAACGGCGAGGUCGUCGUACGACUCAGCUUGGCCAGACGCGAAAAUGCUUGGAACUUCGCCAUAUGCACCCUACCAGGCGACGGCUCCUCGUCGCGACCUGCCCGAGAAACCCGUCAUGUGAGUGGUGUGGUCUCUCUUGCCGAGCGCUUGCAUCUUGACGUAUGGGAGAGGCUGGUCUCCGGAUCGAUGGAGAGGAUAGUCGGCACGGACGAGAACGAGAGGCUCAUGUCCAAGCGCACUUACGGUCUCUUUUCCCGCCUCGUCAACUACCCGCCAUUCUUCCAAGGCAUCUAUUCGUUGGUCCUCCACGAUCGCGAGGCGGUUGCGACCAUCCGCAUGCCAGAGGGGCAGCCGGCCCGAGAAGAAAGCACGGCAUGGAGCCUUUGCGACACGGUCACCAUCGAUGCAUUCAUUCAAGUCUUGGGCUUCAUCAUCAACACAAGUGAUUUCAUCGGAGAAGGUGAAGUGGCGGUCAUGGUCGGCUUGGACCGAGCCGUGAUCUCGCGCAAAUGCGAUUUUGGCGCCGGUUGCUCCAGUCAAGAGAACUGGCGGGUGUAUGCCCGAUUUGAGAUUGACGGAAACGGACAGCCUAUUGGUGACAUUUUCGUUUGGAACACUCCGAACAGUGACCUGGUUGCCGUCUUGACCGGCUGCCGCUUCUCCAAAGUUCCCAUCGUGAAGCUCGAAAGAAGCCUCGAUCAAGCGAUGCGGCUGGUGGCUCCGACGCCAACUAAACCCGCCGCUGUAGUUCAUCUUCUUCCUGCUGAAAGCUCUUCCACUUCCUCCUCGGGCUCUGAUUCGGACGCUGAGAGUCGCGAGAGCGCCCCUACUCCCAGUAGCGUUUCGUCUACCGGGCCUUCGUCUGACGCCCAGCUUGAAGAACUGCAGAGUCUCCUGGCCGAGGGCACCGGGGUGGACAAGUCCGAGAUGACCAAGGACAUGCUCCUAGCCGACAUGGGCCUGGACUCACUGGCCGCCGUCGAUCUUGCCGGGGAAUUAUCGUCCAAGUUCAAGCUGAGCAUCGCCUCGCAUGAGCUCCAGAGCAUGACUGUCGAGGAGCUAAGCACGAAGAUCGGCGGUAGCGCUUCUGUCACUGCUGCCCCGCGACCGCGGCCUGCUAUUGCACCUCCUCGGGCCGAUGACGUUGGGAACGCUGCUCAACUAGCUAGCCCGCCAGAUUGGGGCCGCUUUCAGAAGCUAAAGCAGGUUCUUGUCGACGUCGUGGGUGUUGGUGUUGAGGGCAUCGAACCCGGGUUCGUACUGGCUGACCUGGGAAUCGAUUCUAUGUCGGCCAAUGAUCUGCGACAGGAACUUCAGGAGAGGUUCUCCAUGCGCGUCUAUCAAAUCAAGGUCGACGACACAGUGGAGGAUUUGAUGAAGCAGCUAAGUAUUUCCAUUUCGCCGGCCACCAGCCUCAGCGCUGCGAAUUGGGCUUCUGUGCCUCAAACGAAAGGAGUGGCCGACACGCCAAGCGGCGCUGAGAGGCACGCAUCAGUUGCCGGAGCAACUGUGCUGCUGGGGAAUCCCUUCGAGGCCCUCCGGGCCUCAGACGCCUAUUUCGACGAUUCUGCUAAGAAGCAAGGGUACUUUGAUCAUUCGAAGGUUGCUGCACCCUAUGAAGAUGAGAUUCUGGUGGCACACAUAACCGAGGGUUUUGCCAAACUAGGCGUAAACCUGUCUCGCGCUGAGCCGGGCUCCAAGCUCCCUCAGGUGCCUCACUUGAAGCCCAAGUACGACAGAUUGGUCCCGAGACUCUGGGAAAUCCUGCAGCACCAUGGGCUUGUUACCAUCAACCCCGACGGGACAUUCACACGAACAGAUCGCGAGGUGGAUGGGCGGUCAUCCGCCACGCUCUUGGAAGCCUUCCGGAGCCGGUUCCCAGCCUACAAGUACGAAAGCGAUAUCAUAGGUUUGACCGGCCCUCGACUCGCGGACUGCCUCUCCGGGGAGCUGGACUCGGUCAAUCUCCUGUUUGGCAAUCCUGCCGCCUUGAAGAUCAUGGCGAACUUCUACGACUUGUCGCCCAUGAUGUCGACUCUUACGGACCAGCUCGUCCACUUCCUGAAGACGCUGCUCCGAAACGUGGACAAAUCUCGACCCAUACGAAUCCUCGAAGUCGGCGCAGGUACGGGUGGCACGACCCGGCGCGUCUUGGCCGCGCUGGCCUCGGCCAAUAUUUCAACCAUCUAUACUUUUACAGACAUCGCAGCCAGCCUGGUGUCCAAAGCCAAGGCGGCCCUGAAAGAAUACGACUUCAUAGAGUAUGGCACCUUCAAUCUGGAAAAGGAGGUGCCCGAAGACUACCGGGGUCGCUUCGACGUGGUCAUCAGCACGAACUGCGUCCACGCAACAACCAAUCGCACAAACUCCUGCCGCCGACUGCGCGACACCCUGGCCCCGGGCGGCAUUGUGGUCCUGUCGGAGCUCACCCGUAAAAUCGAUUGGUAUGACACAUGCUUCGGCCUUCUGGAUGGAUGGUGGCUUGCGGAGGGCCGUACCAUAUACCCUAUCCAGCCGGCCGACAGAUGGAUGUCCGUGUAUGAAGCGGCCGGGUACGCCUCAUACGGCUACUCGUGGGGACCGACUCUCGAAGCCACCAGUCAGCAGCUAUUGGUUGCGUGCACUGAACGAUGGACAGUACCAGCAGUACAGGACGCCCCCGCACAGAGACCAUAG